AAAAGAGGAAGCCAAGAGGUAACUUGAAAGGAUGGAUAGCAACAAACAAGAGAACCAGGGAGGCAUCUCAGAAGCUUAGCAUCCAGUUCUCUAGGCUUGGAGGACCUGUAGGUUCAAACAAAUGAAUAUUUGUUGAUGAAAUAACACUGUUCACGAGGAAAAGAGCACCUCUCAUCGGAGUACGAACAUGGAGAGAUAUCCAUGUGGAUGUCAAAAUUGCAAUAGCAAACGAUGUGCUGGCUAAGUGGGACCUUGAGGAUAAUGAGGCGAACAGAAUCAAGAUAUGGACGGUGGCUAAUGAACGUUACAAAGGAUGGCGAUCUACAUUUAGUGCUACCUACAAGGCGUACACCACCUAUGAAGAGAGAAUGAGACAUAGGCCAGAAGAAUUAGACAUUGUUGAGUGGCACUAUCUGGUGUCCUAUUUUGGCACUGAAGAAUUCCAGAGGAUUAGCAAUAAGAAUUCUCAGAAUCGGCACAAUCGACAGAUACACCAUGUUACAGGAUCAAAGGGUUUUUCUCAAUUGAGCUAUGAGAAGAGGGACCAACUAACUGGUGAAGAACCAAAUGAUAUGGAGCUUUUUAUGAUGACCCACCAACAAAAUGGACAAUGGACAAGCGAGGAAUCUAGGGAAGUCUAUGACAAUGCAACCAGGAAGAUUAUGGAGCUGGAGUCAAGGCCUGACGCAAAUGUCGUCUCAGACUUGGAGCAGAACCAGAUUUUCCAAUCAACCUACAAGGAAACGAGAAAAAUCAAAUCAAACAAGAUGCAUGCUAAUGGUUACCUUGCAAGGUACCCAACUAGAAAGGAGCUACUGUCGGAGGACUACCAGCGCAAACUCCAACAGGAGGAAGCCCUCAUUGAAUCAUUUGGACGGCUGCAAGAUAGACUAGAAGCUCAAGAAGUUGAAAGGGAAGCCGAGAGGCAAUAACAUAGGCGUCAGCUUGAACAGAUGAACAAGGAAAGGGAGGCUGAUAGAGAAGCACUUAGGCAAGCUAUGUUAAUGUUGCAAGCAGCCAAACAGCAAGCUUCAGUACAAAAGGCUAGCACAAUUGUGGAGCCAACUGAAAAUGUUGCUGCUGCUGCAACAAUUGAGGGGACACAAAAUGUAACAACUACAGAGGGAGAAAACAUGAUGCAUAGUCAGCAGGU